AUGGCUCCUUCAUACGUUCUCGUGACGGGUGCAACGGGCUUCAUUGGUGCCCAUAUCGUCGACGUCCUGCUCAGCCAUGGCCUCAAGGUCCGUGGUGCAACUCGGUCACUGGCGAAGGGACAGGCGAUGAUCGAUGCGCGGCCAAAAUAUACCUCUCAACUAGACUUUGUCGAGAUCGAUGAUUUCGAGAGGACAGGAGUGUUUGAGGAGGCUGUGAAGGGAAUUGACUCUGUCAUCCAUGCGGCAAGCCCCUUCACCUACGACACAAAAGAUAACGAGAAAGAACUCAUUAUUCCUGCCAUCAAUGGAGUCAAAUCCAUCCUGGACGCAGCUUCAAAAAGCGACGUGAAGAGAGUUGUGAUCACAUCUUCGUUUGCUUCAGUAUUAGACGCAGAUAGGAAAGCGCCUCCUUAUUUCACGUACACCGGCAAAGACUGGAAUCCGCUUACAUACGAAGAGGCAGCCGACCCAGCAACGAGCGCAGUCAUCGCAUACCGAGGCUCCAAGAAAUUUGCUGAGUUAGAGGCGUGGAAUUUUAUCAAGAAGGGUGACGCAAAAUUCGAUAUCGUCACUCUAUGCCCUCCAAUGACAUUCGGCCCGGUCGUUCACCCAGUCCGCACUGUAGAGCAACUCAAUGAGUCCAACGCGAUGCUGUGGAAGAUUGCAAGUGGCCAUAAUCCGUUGCCCGUUGCACGAGUGCCAUUCUGGAUCGAUGUGAGAGAUCUGGCAAAGGCGCAUGUCGAAGCAUUGCUGCGUCCGGAGGUUGGGAACAAGAGAUACAUUCCUGCUGCGCCUGAAGGAUUUUCUUAUCAGUUGGCGGCUGAUAUUAUCCUAAAGGAGUUUCCUUGGGCAGAAAGGACGGUCACAAAGACGACAGACCAGGUCAUUGACCAGUCUCAUGGAUUGGAUGGCGAAACUGUCACGAAGGAACUCGGGGUUGAAUAUAAGAGCUUCAAGCAGACGGUGGUGGAUCUGGUCACCCAGGCGGUGGACCUGAAGAGGAAUAGCACAAAAUGA